AUCAUAAGCAUCUCGUUGAAUUAAUUCUUUGACUGAAAACCAGACACCGCAUUUAUUACUAAUAAAUGACUACUUUUAAGGAAAUAACACCAUCACCCUUGGAAUUACUCACGAUUGAAAAUGCGUGAACUUAAAAUCAAAAGAUAGUCACGCUUUGCAAAGAUUGUCAGCUGAACUGACAAAAUCUUGAGUUGGCUUCCAAGCUGUGACGUAUAAUCCACGACCCGUGUUAGCUAUUAAUACCAUCAGGGAGUUAUGUUUUGAUGACUUCUGUUACUCUUAAAGGCAUUUUAUUUAUUUAUUCAAUUUUGUUCAAUAAUAAUGUACAAAUUAGAAGAACCAGACAAGGGGUAUGCUUGGGUUGUGGCCUUAGCGGCUUGUAUAGUGAAUAUGAUUCUGUCAGGAAUCACAAGAAUGAUUGGAAUCUUAUAUGUAGCUAUCAUAGACGAAUAUGAAGUGACCAGACAGGAAGCAUCUGUGCCAUUCACCGUAAGGAAUGCAAUUAGGUAUCUCUCAGGUCCAAUUGUGGGAGUGUUGGGACAAAUAUUUGGAAUUCGAACUGUUACUUUCGUGGGUGGUGUUGUUGCUGCUGCUGGAUCAAUAUUAAGUUGCUUUGCUCCAACUGUUCCAUGGAUUACAGUCUUUUGGGGUUUGAUACAUGGUAUAGGAUUUUCCUUAGGAAACACAUUAUUUCAAGUUGUUGUAAACCAGUACUUUGAAAAGUAUCGGGCCACAGCUUCUGGUAUUGUUUUAUCUGGUGCUUGUAUUGGAAGUUUUGUCUAUCCAAUUAUGAUGGAGAGUAUAUUGGAUUAUUAUGGAAUAUUUGGCUGUUUUCUUCUUCUUGGUGGAAUUUUCCUCAAUGUCCUGCCGCCAUCUUUGAUCUUGAAAUCACCUAUGUGGAUUGAACACCCAGCCCUGUACAAAAAGAGGAAACAAAGUUCAAUGAAGGCUAAUGGGACAGAUAUUUUUACCCAAAUUCCGGAAAAGGAAGUUCCGGAGGAAAAUUACAAGAAAUAUGCUCGUUCCUUAAGUAAUUGCUCCAUUCAUGAAAUGGACGUAUUCAGUCUUGUCCGCAGCUCCCAAAGUAAAUUACCAGACUUCAGACUCCCGUUUUCCAGAAAGCAUAGACUUAGCACUGCGGCAACAUCUGUUGAAAACGACAAUGUUGUGUGCACUUUGUAUAACAUCACAGAGAACGCAACAAGCGAAAUAGAUUCCUUGCAGAAUACUGAUAAAUGGAAUGAGAACAGAAAUGGGAGUGAGAACAAAAAAUCAUCGGAUUCCAAUAACAAGAGAGUUUCGGAUCAGCAGAAAAAAGACGAAUCUGAUCUAACGGAACAUUUCCUUCAAAGUUUGAAAGAUAUCGUACUCCUUUACAGAAAUCCAGUUUACAUUCUAAUCAGUUUAGGAGUUGCCUCCUAUUUCUGGGUUUUCCUUCCCAUUCUGACUGUGGUAGUCGAUUACAGCAGAGACAAAGGAAUACCUGGGGAAUAUGAGAAAUAUCUGUUUCAUGCAUUAACAGUAGGUGAUUUGGUCGGUCGUCUUUGUUUUGGAUGGGUUACGGACAAGAAAAUUCUGUCUUUUCCGAUAUUCAUGAUGCUGACUUUCAUCCUCCAAGGUUUAUUUACAUCACUGUUUCCUUUUGCUACCAACUUCUGGCUGUACAUGGCAUGUCUCGUCUUGUACGGAAUCACAGCGGGAAUAGUGUUCGUACAUUUUCCGGUACUGGUUUACAAGUACAUUGAUCAGACGAAGCAGUCAUUGGCUGUUGGAUGUGUGGGUUUAAUAUCCGGUCUAGUAACAUUUGGUAUACCACCAGUAAUAGGUAUUUUCCGAGAUCAAGUCGGCUCUUAUGAUGGAUUGUUUUAUUUGAUCGGAUUUCUAUCAAUAAUAACCGGGAGCCUGUGGCUAUUAGAGCCGUUUUUCUUGAAAAUAGCCCAAAAAAUCAAUGCCUGACAAAUUGGAAAUUCAAUAGUUAAUUUAUUUUCGUAUUUAUGAAAAUUUGUGUAAUCACCUGCAUUUAGUUUGUGACUAUAAUCGUGUUUUUAUACACAAGCACCAAGUCCAAAUAAUGUGUUUCGAUUUUUAGGAGAGUUAUAAAUCAUUCUGUAUUUAAUGUUAAGCAGAGAUGCCAACUGCUCCGGAUUCGAUAAAAAAAAAUCUUUUUUUAAGAAAAUGAAAUUUCAAAAGAAAUAUUGCAGACUUUCAGUUAAUUUUGCCAACUUUUUAAAAUGCUCAAUACGGCUAAGUGGUUACAAAGUGGCAUAUCAUAUAAGCCUCUAAAUUAUUUAGAGGUAGUGGCGAUAAAAACACGAUAAAUCGAAUUUACUAGACUGAGAAUCAUACAUUAAAAGACUAUCAUUCGAAAAUAUUUAUCCGCUGUUCGUAGCAAAUUGUCAUCGUUGUGUAAAGUAAAACUUUACGAAAAGGGCGGUAGUAUAAUCAUUUCAUUUCUGACUCAUGACUUUUUACUCGCUAAUAUUUUCGUAUUAAUAAACAAAUGCUGGCAAUUUUUUUAAUUGGCAAUUAUUUAAUGCAAUAUGGCAAUGUCGAAUUUUCAUCAUUUGUAUAUUGAUAAUUGAUUGACUUACGAACUAUGUCAAAAAAAAGAUGGUUUACUUUUCGUGACUUAUUACUUGCUAAUUUUUUCGUAUUGAUAAUCAAAUCAAAUGCCGGCAUUUUUAAUUGGCAAUUAUGUAAUGCAAUAUACCAGUGACAAAUUUUCAUCAUUUGGAUACUGGUGAUUGACAGAGAUGCCAACUUGCUCCGCGUUGUAAAAUAGUAUUUUUCAGUGAUAGCGAAAUUUUAGUUACUUUUAGUUUAGUAUUUUUCCUUAUAAGUAAUAUUUUACCACUAAAUAUCAAAAAUUAUAAGUAUCAUUAAAUGCAACGUUAAAGCAUCAAUUAAUUGGUUACUCUAUUAAAAAGUAAGCGUAACUAUCCUUCUGUAACGAAUUUUACUAUAUAAUUUGCUACCACUUUAUUAAAACUAUUCCAGAAAGCGGAUCAGUUGGCAUCCCUGGAUUGACUUACAAACAAGCGGAAGUCAAUUUCAAGAAAAAGAAAUGUUAGUCCCAAACAAUUUCAGCUUUCCAAAAAAAAAAAAAAAAAAAAAAACCCAAUAGUUUUAUUAGUUUCUUUUUAUUCUUCUGGGUAAGUAAAAUCUUCGGCUUUAUUCCAUGUAGAACUUAUAGUAUAGGUGGCACAAUUUACUUACAUUUUCUUUGUAUUUAGUCAUUCGGAGCACAUAAACAUUUGUUAUAUCUAUGUAUAUUAACUUUCAGAAAUGUUAUUUUGUUAUAAUUCUUUUCAUCUUUAGGCACAUGUUCACUGCAAGCUAGUUAUGCUUCCUAAAACUUCAUAAAAAGAUUUUUAAAAAAAGUAUUGACACAUAUGUAGUAGUAGUAGUAUUUUUCAAUCAUUGAUAUACUAAAACAAAUACUUACAGUACCCAAAUACCUUUGGAGACAAAAUUUUGAAAUUGUUAAUCAAGUAAUUUCAAAAUUGGAUUUAUGUAUAUAUAAUACACUAAAAAAUAUGUAUAUAAAAAUGAAAAAAUAUGAAUUUUUUUAAAAAAAAUUAUGGAUAAAAACACUAUUUUUUCGAAAUCACAUAACUUUGUUAAGGCUUAUUAUUUAUUUAUUGUCCGUGCUUUAUAAUAUUCAUCAAAACUCAAGUUAGGAAAUAGGUUAAAUAUUAGACAUAUUAAUAUUUAAAUAUUUUGCAGCAAAUAUCGACACUUAUUUGUAAAAAAAAAAAAAAAAAACAUUANGGCCAGAAAUCGCAAUUAAUUAUUUAUAUUUUAGCAGUAAAAUAUAAAAUAAUAGUUUAAUCAACCAGUUAAUAGUACCAAGGCAUAGUAAUCAAUCACGAAAAAUUUGAAAUAAUUUGAACAAAAAUAUUUUGAGAUAUUGUAUUUAGAAUGGUUGAAAAUUACCAAAAAAUUAGUUUUGAGAAAAAAGACACUAUCAAUGUAAAGAAUUUCUGCCUGAUCAACAGAUGGCGCUGUAAUCCUGUUUAAUAAUUAUGACUAUGAAUCAAAAGCGUGACAGGCAACAGAUUUGAACAGAACGCUUAUAUGGAAGCCUACAAAUAUUACACAAUCAUACUUUUUUUAUUGUUUAUAUUAUUGAAUUUGAUUAUUAUUAAAUGUGGCUUUUUUAUUCAUUGCACUUUUCUGCACUAAUCAAUUAUGGAUAUUUUUUUAGUUAAAUAUCACACUUUCUGUUUUAUUUGACGUAGAAACAAAACUCGAAAGUCUUUGCUUAAAAAAGGUAGGCAAUAAUUGUGCGUGCCGUAACACCGUCAUAGUCUUAAGUUAAUAAACAAAAACUAAAUAUCUCAUUAAAAUUAAUGAAAAAUCAGUUUCUGAUGUUUCAAAAGAUAAUAACCAUACAAAAAAAAAAAGCUUUGUAAGUAAAAAUGGAGCGAUAUUAGAUUAUAGUUGAACAGUUAUAAAGAAAAAGGUAUGUUUUACAUGAGCACAUUAUAGGAUAA